GUAUCGUCUCUCUCUCUCUCUUUUUCUCUCUCUCUCUCUAUCUCUUCGUGCGAUUUGGGGUGUCUCCAAUGGCGUCGACGAGUGCCCUAACCACGCACAUGUCGAACGUACUCCGCCCCAUGGAUCUCAAAGCCUCCGCCUUUACCUCCUCUUCCCUGUGUUGUAAGACAAACAGAAGUGGUGUCUUAUUUUUGCCAUGCUCCACUGGAAGAAGAGUGAAGUCUCUCCGUGUUUAUAGUUUGUUUGGAGGAAAGAAGGAGAAAAAUGAAAAUAACGAUGAUGCGCCAUCGAAGGCAGGGUUUUUAGGAAACAUGCAAAAUCUGUACGAGACUGUUAAGAAGGCGCAAAUGGUCGUUCAAGUUGAAGCUGUUCGUGUGCAAAAGGAGCUUGCAGCGGCGGAGUUUGAUGGCUACUGUGAAGGUGAGCUAAUCAAGGCAACGCUUUCUGGGAACCAGCAACCUGUACGCAUUGAAAUCACUGAGGCUGCAAUGGAGUUGGGUCCUGAGAAACUGUCUUUGCUGGUGAAUGAAGCAUACAUGGAUGCACACCAGAAAAGUGUGCAGGCCAUGAAAGAGAGAAUGAGCAAUCUUGCCCAGAGCUUAGGAGUUCCACCUGGUCUCAGCGAAGGGCUCAAGUGAUCGAAGGUUGGUCUUCAAAUCCGUCGCAAUAAACAUGGACUUCAAUUUUGUAUACUAGUAGUCGCUCGACUAUUUAUCCUUUUUUGGCAGUCCCAGUUAACUUUGGCAGUCCCAGUUAACAAUGCAUUGAAACAAUAUGAACACAUUCAUGAUCACACCUAUGGUUUGAGCCAAAACCCUUGUAUUGCUGAUGAUUUUUAUUCAUGUCACUUUUGUUUCUGAUCUUAACAAGUCAAGAAGAUUGCUUCUUUUUCAUA